CCUCCCGUAGCGUCCCUAGUAACCGAGCCCCUAGUAACCGCCCGCCCCAAGCCGGGAUCUGCGAGGUCGGGGGCGGCGCCAGCUCACCCGCCCCGGGCCAGCGCGGGCGCUGGGGCUCGAGGCGGGGCGAUGGCUUCUCCUCGCCGGGCGGCCAGGCAGGCGGCCGCCAACCUCCGCCUGCCGGUGGAUCCCACCGACGGAGCAAGGGCCGCCCAGUACGAACGCGAAGACGCUCUGGAGUCCUUGGUGACGGCGGCGCUGGCGGCGGCGGUGGAGGAGGAGCCGACAGGGAUGCGGCCGGCGCGGGCGUCGGCUGGUGGUAACAGCUUUCCCAGGGGAAAUGAAGGUGUGGCAUUCCAGGACAGUGUGGGCUUUUCUGACAUCUACCACUCCAAUGAAGAGUAUUUCAGGAAGCUAAGAGAGCUGAAGGCUGCCCAUGCAGAAACCAUGGAAAAAUUAGAGAAAAUGUACCAGGACAAGCUAAAUAUAAAAGACAUCUGGCCAGUGAUCAUCAGGGAAGAUUCUUCUAGUGUCUCCUCUAGCUCUGCAUCAGAAAAGAACUGCCCUCACCCUGUCUUGUUAGUCACGUCGUAUUCAGAGCCUGAGGUAGGCCGGUCGUCUUCCCUGUCCACGACUUGUGAUGAGGAGCUGCCCAGCCUGGAGAGAGAGGCCCCUGGGGAGAGCAGAAUGACAGCCUACGCCAAGGAGCUCAUCAACAACAUGUGGACUAACUUUUCUGUAGAAGAUUACAUUCAGUAUGACUCUGACGUCCAGACACCUAAGAAAACAAGGAGGAAACCCAAACCCUGGGUGCCCACAGUCACAGUGCCUGUGCCCUUUGAGAUGACAGUUAGAGAGCAGAAGAAGAGAGAGGCUGCCCUGAAAGCAAGGUCAGAUCCCCAAAGCCGACAGAAACUGCUCAAGAGGGACGAGGAUGACGCGGAGUGUAAGAAGAAAUUCCGAGCCAAUCCUGUCCCCUCCGGCAUGCUGCAGCCCGCUUAUGAGGAUGUGAUGAGGCAGAAUGAAGAACGGAGGAGGACCGUCAGGGAGAAGAGCAAAGCCGCGCUCCUGGCCUCCCAGAAGCCAUUUAAGUUCAUCGCCAGGGAGGAGCAGAAGAAGCAAGCAAUCCGUGAAAAGCAGCUGAGAGACCUUUUUAGGUCUAAAAGGAGGACGAAGCGGUUUAAAGCCAGGCCCGUGCCUCAUUCAGUUUACAAGGCAGCUGCAAGUGACAAGUCAAAAGAAGACAAGUUGAGUAGGGACGUCAGCACACAGCCGAGGGCCGAAGAACUGCCGCAGAGCUCGUCCUGGCCCUGCAGGCCAGCUUGCAGACGUUUCAGGGACCCCCAAAGUCCUGGAAAGCCAAGGGGUAGACACAGGUGCAGGUGCCUGAGCCCUGAUGAUGGGGACUUUGCUGAGAAAGGAAGGAAGGAGCCCUUCUCAGAGCCCAGCGCUCAGAAACACUCAACUCCUUGUAAACAGUGUGGUCUUCAUGAAUCCCCAUGUGACUCUGCUAAAAGACAGAAAGUCGUAGCAGACAUUGGAGCAGACGAAGAAAAUCUAAAAGAAAUAUGCUGGCCCUAUCUGUCCCCAGGGUGCACAAAGCCCAGGCCUUGCCGAUGCAGCCCUCCGAUGCCGACCCUGUCGUCCCGAGGGCGGGAGCAAGCCAUCAGGAAAUCACUUGAGGAAAAGAAAAUGUUGGAAGAAGACAGAAAUCGGAUCCUAACUAAACAGAAGCAAAGAAUGAAAGAAUUGCAGAAACUCCUGGCAACUCGGGUUAAGGCUUAUGACUCACAUCAGGGCUUAGCCCAGAUGUCUAAAUCCAGAGUAAACCAUCGCAGAACAAGUGAAAAGGCAAGGAUGAAGGACUAUCGGCGAGAGCUGGAAGAGCGCGAUGGAAAACUGCGGCAGAGGCCAAUGCUGUUUGAAAGGGUCGCCCAGAGAAACGCAAGGAUGGCAGCAGAAAAGCGCUAUUCUAACACCCUAAAAGCACUAGGACUAUCUGAGGAGUUUGUUUCAGAAAAAGGCCAAGGUGGGAAGGCAUCUGAGAGCUUCACCAGACAAGAGCUGAGAAGCCGCACAUCGGAUAAAGAAAGCACUUACGAAGAAGAAGGAGAGAAUGGGGAAGAAAACUAUUUUAUUGAUGCUGACAGCCAGGAUUCUUGCAAGGAAAACCCUGGAGAGGUUAAAGAAGACAGAGAAGCAAUUUCUGAAGAAUGAACCUGAAUCACAAGGUUUCCUCUCACUGAGCCUCUCUGUGCGCAGCCUCAGGACCGCAGCUGGGCGCUGUGGUGGCGGGAGCAUGCGUGGGGACAACUCUCACACAUGUAGGCCUGCUGGACUGGAGCAUCGUGCUGGAAAGGCUGAGUCCAUCCACAUCAUGCGUGAUCUGACUGCUAGGUGACAGUUUUGUUCUAUGCAUGCUGUUUGUGAUUAUGAGUACUUUGUAUUUUCAAAGUGUUUUGGGGUUGAGGAACCACAGCUGUCAUAAAUGGAUUAGUUCUGGAAAUGCACAUUUAUAUUUGGUAGGGAAAAGAGUUUGGUAUGAGAGAAAACUAUUAGCUUUUGAAGAUCUAUUUUUAAAUUUACUAAGUAUUUUCAAUUUUUCUCUGAACCAUUUUUUUUU